GUUUUAAUUGUUAGUUCCGUUUUGGAGGAACGUCUUAAACGACAUGUUAAAUUUAAGAAAAUUAGAUGCUGCUUACAUAUGUACAUUAAACUGAUAACACAAACAUUGAUAUGGAUGUAAAACUUCUUUUCCUAUUACUUGGUUUGUCAGUUCCUUGCUGUUGUGAAGAAAAUACAAUAAAAAUUCUUCCGGAAAGGAGGAGAUCGAUUUUGGCGGCUGGUGACCAACUUAAUCUGCAAUGUAUUCUUAGAAGCGACAACACGACAGGAGUAAACUUUGUAAAAGACGGAGCGGUCAUUAUAGCCAAUAAUUCUAUUGGAUGUAUUAUCACGAAGGCGACCAACAAAACGUCAUUGAAUGUUACUGUUACAACACUGACGCUGCGUAAAGAAGAAACGUCUUUGGUAGAUGGAGGUACUUACGAGUGUGGGACCGCAGAUGGAGACAUGGUUUCAUCAAUAGUUGUAAACGUUGUUCACUUGGAUCCUGUAAGCAACCACUUGAUGCUGGGGUCCAAUCACAAGGUAGUCCGACUUGGUUGUUUUGUUAAAGCAUCUAGCGAUUUGCCGAUGGCAAUAACAUGGACAGGGCCAAACCAAAUGCAUCUAGAAACGGCUAGCGGACGAUACCAAGCCUUUAACAAUGGAAGUUUGCUUAUAUCAGAUCCAAGAUCCGAAGAUUUAGGGCAGUACAUGUGCACAGUGACUUUUUACCCAGAUUUGCUAGUGGAACGACAUAUUUUGAAACCGACUGCUGUGUUCUUAUAUGGUGGGCCAAAAAUAAAAGCGUCUUCACGCCAGAUGAUUCUUCGGAAAUUGGAGCUUCUGUGUGAGACAAGUGGAGACAGUAAACAUGUAACAUGGUACAGGAAGGGACGACCGAUUGUUGAUGACGGAAGUGUAAGAUUCUUGCAAUAUCGAGGUGUGUGGAAUGCUAAGAUUGUUGCUGUCCAGAAAGACGAGAACGAUAUUGCCGUGUAUACCUGCCAAAGUAAUGGCGGAGUAAAAAAACUGAAUUCACACGUAAGUAAAACGAAUGUGUGGGACGUCACUUGUGAUGUGUCGGGCUUCCCUGUUCCAAACGUGACGUGGACGAAAAAUGGCUCUCGCAUUGAUGAAAGUGCAAACACAGUAUAUCGUCAACUCUCAGGCGUUCCACGUGCAGAGAUCCUUGUUUACGAUCUUGUCAAACAUGACGCUGGUACCUUCGCAUGUACGGCUGCUAACAAUGUAACCCCUUACACCGCGACAGCAGAAAUUCACCUCCUCCCCGAAGACAUAUCGGAAGCCACUAAAGAUGUUUCCCACCAAGCCGGUCUCGCUGUUGCAAUUGAAUUGCACUGGAAAACCAUUCUUGGACUUGGAUUUCUUUGUAUUAUUUUUUAAAGAUCCACUCCUACUCCUAACAAAAUAAUCCUCAAUUAAUGCAAGCAACUACAGUGAGAAUUAUUAACGCUUCAUAACUAAUUUGCCUCUUUAUUUAUUGGUUUCUUGCUCUAGUUUGUUAUGUUUAGUAUGUGUGCACUGUGCUGCUUGUGGAGUUUUGUGCGAUUCGUCCAUGUUUCUUGUUUGUGAUUUUAUGUUAUAUGUCUUUGGCGUUUACCUAGUGCCAUUAAACCGGGUUUAUGUUUUAACUUUUUGCUACUGAGAUUGUUUCUGUAGCUUUUUGCAUGAAUUUUGAUUUUGUUUCCAUACUCAAGGCACCGACUGCCUCUACUUUUCACAAAACUUUGGGUAUAUUUUAGAUAUGAUUUCCAAGAAAUGGCUUAAGAACGAAAUCAUGUUCACAGACAAGUUUGUAUAUGUUAUAUAAGUUAGUUAGGUAGUUGCUGCAACCAUUACCCGAAAUGUUGAAAUUUUACACAACAAGCGCGAAACCCGAGAUAUGCAUAUUUUCAAUCAAGAUAAUAAUUGUUUUGUACCAUUUUUACAGCCAAACAUCAACGGUAUAGUUCUGUAAACAUCUCUAGGCAUUUCGAAGAUAUGGCAAGCGAUAAUUCUAAAAUGAAUCAUGCAAUCAAACGCUUUUUUGUUAUCAUUGGCAACAGUGUGAGUUAAACACGUUUUCCGUUUUAGUUUCUAAUGUCGUUGAAAACGUUUAUAGUCCAAACAUUUACACUUAUAUAUUUUUUAUCGUGCAAUCUAAAAUAAAUAGAACGUCUUCAAGUUUAGACUUGGCUGUCUACUGUGUUUAGACGUAGUUUAUUUUUGAAUUACCAUUUCAUUUAACUUGAUACACAGAAUUCAGGAACGUUUGAUCUUCAAUCAUUUCUGUUGAUCGUCAUUGUACUUAUUGUUUUGCAUAUGUUGUAUGCUUGUUAUAAUGUUCGUAUCAAACAAUUUCCCUUCUUAUUAUACUUAACAAAUAUGUUGGGUUUUCCUUCAAACUUCAAUUCCAGAAAUAUAAAACAAGUUGACAAGCUACAGUUCAACAAGCCGCGUUCUGUUAACUUUACAUUGAUAUUUCAAUAAAUGGACGCUACUAAUUGAACGGUAAGAAUGUUCAGCUCCGCCUACUUGUUACCGAUCUGAUUUGAGAAUAAAUGUAUAAAUAAAAACAUUGCAAACACUCUCAAAUAUGGUGCAUGCCAUUGAGAGUAUGAUUUCAUAUCAAACUUGAAAAACAAAACCAAUUUUCAACGUUUAAGCAAAAAGUGUUAAUGAUAUAGAUUAGAUGAAUGUACACUAUGGAUAACACUGAAUAACUAAAUCAACAUAUUCAUUUUAUUGAUGACUACAUUACACUUUCAUGUUAUUGUUGUAAUCAAAUUAAUUACCUGUUGAAGAGUCUUUGUUAUAUCAUUUCUUUAUUUUGUCAGUAAACAUAUAUUAUG